GUUUUUUUUUUGAUAUUUUCAUUGCAAUUAUUUUCAUUAGUGGUCAAUAUCAAUCAGCAAACCGGCAACAAAAUCGUUGAGAAUUUUUUUAUCAUUUUACCAAACAAAUAAUCGAAAAAAAGAGAAGUAAAAAUGCUGAACUCAAUUUCUAAAUCAAAUCUUCAUCAUCGUUGGAUCAUUUUGGCAAUCAUUGUUGGAUUAAUAACAACAUUGAUCCUAUUACCAAGUAAUGCUGAAGCUGCAUCUUCUCAACGUUAUCGUCGACAAACUGAUUCAUCGUCUACCGCUUUAGCUACAUCAUCAUCAUCAUCAACAUCAAAUGCUAUGAUUACAUUGACCAAUAUAAUUUUACCGACAAUGCGUGCCAUAAUUCAGGCUCCAAUACGAUUGUUACAAGAAUUAAUUGUCGAAAUUCGAUUGUUUUUAAGUUCACAUAAUUUUAGCGAAAUGUUGGAUGCAAAAUUUCUUCGAACAUUAUUACAACGUUUACCCGAACGAAUUGGUCAUUAUUGGUUGACAUUUGUUGAAAUGGAAAAUGAAUGUAUCCAACGAACAUUAUGUGAUGUUGCCGAUUUUACUACUCAUCAUGUACCACAUUGGUUCAAACAAAUAAUGCUUGUUUAUUUUACUACAUUCAAUCAAAAUGUUUAUUUUGAAGCUAUUAAUAAUGGUUUGAUUGCUCAUAAUUGUCAGGCAAAAUUUAGCCAAUGUGAUCCUAAUUCAUUUCUUAGUCGAUUAUCAAAUAAUAUGUCACAAUCAAUUCAUACUACCGUUGAACCAAUUCGUGUUGCAUUCUCCGAACUUGUUAAUGUAACCGUAUCAACAUUAGAUUCAAUGUCAUCGACUACUGAACCAUCAGUUUUGCCUGAACCAUUACAACCAGAAGCAAAUUUUAUUCAAGAUAAUGCUGAUGAAUUUGAUCAAGAUUCUGAACUAAAUGAUCGUUCUGGUUUGAUUUCUACACAAAAUGUAAAUGAUUCUCAAUUCGAUAAUGUUCAUAAUCAUGAUCAUUCAACACAUUCUAUGAUGCAAAAUCAACCAAUUCAUCCGAGUGUUUUAUCAUCGAAUCAUCAUCAUAAUCAACAACAACCACCACAAGUACCACGGCCUCCACCUGCAGGUUGGGUACCGGCUAUGUCAACAAAUCGACAACCACCAUAUCAUCCACAGCCUGUUAUGAUUCAUUCAUCACAACCAGUAAUGACUAUGCAACCACAACAACAUCCAUAAAUUUUGAUAUGACAAAAUUACUUAAUUAAUCUAAUUUUAUUGUAAUCAUCAUUGUAAUAUUGGCUUAAA